AUGGCGCGUCAAUUUGCAAUCUUUGCCCUUGUGGCUUUGCUCUGCUUCGUCUGCGGUGGAUACGGCGAAAAAGUCACGCCGCCAAACGUCAACGUAGCUUCGCUCAGCACUCAGGAAAUCGAAGAACAGCUACAGCAAUGCCCCAUCAUCGAAGCGCUCGUCGCCCAUAAGACUGAACACGAACCCGUCCACGCCUCGUUCCUCCAGGAGAGCUUCCGUGUGCUCUUCCCCUUCACCAGUCCGGCUUACAAUGCUCUCAUGGGCACGCUAUACAUUUCUGGCCCUCCCAACUUCUUGCUUGCCCUCUGUCCACCCAACAUUGAUCCGUCCAGCCUGAAUGUAAUGGUAGCUUUCGCGGUGGGCGGACUGCUUGGAGACACACUCUUCCACUUGCUCCCUGAGAUCUUUUUGGGAGAAGUGCCAGAGGGAGAGGUUCGUGCCGUUUUGGUCGAGCCCAACAAGAAUCUUUUGCUUGGUGUGGCCAUCAUGAUAGGGUUCGUUACAUUCGUGGCCAUGGACAAGGGACUGAGAAUUGCUACGGGCGGUGCAGGCCACUCUCACGAUCACGGUUCCACCCAUGAUACCCCUGCCGUAGCAUCCACCACUGCUACCAGCAAGGACGAAUCCUCGCUUCGUCAACGUAAACCAGAUGCCGCCUCCAAGGCAUCAGAUGUGGCAAGCACCGCUAGAACGGAAGAUCCCAAGCCAUCCGUCAAGCUCUCUGCCUACUUGAACAUCAUCGCGGACUUCACACACAACAUCACAGACGGUCUUGCCAUGUCAUCCUCAUUCUAUGCAUCUCCAACCAUUGGAGCCACUACUACGCUGGCUGUGUUCUGUCACGAGAUCCCUCACGAGGUCGGUGAUUUCGCGCUCUUGAUUCAGGGAGGAAUGAGCAAGAAGAUGGCCAUGGGAUUGCAAUUCUUCACCGCACUUGGAGCGGUGCUGGGCACUGUCAUUGGAAUCGCGGUGCAAGAACUUGGCGGCAACUCCGUUUCUGCUGCCGCUGCUAUUGCUUCAGGUCAAGGGAAUGUUGGUUUGUUGGGCACAAGCUUGCAGUGGGGAGAUCUACUGCUUCCUUUCACUGCCGGCACAUUCCUCUACGUCGGAACAGUCGGCGUCAUUCCCGAGAUGCUUGAAACAGGACCAAACCGGUGGAAAGAGCUGAAGAGCAUGGGAUUACAAUUCGCCGCCAUGGCUGCUGGUGCAGGCAUCAUGCUCGGAAUAUCUUGGGACUGA